AUGCACACAACAUUGCGGAAGCCCACAUGCUGAAAAUGAUGGCUGAUAUUCAAAAGACUCAAGUUGAUUGAGUAUCACAGUUUAGUGUAUUUGUGCCCAAGUAUCGCGUCACAAUCACUUGCAAUGAAGCUCAAAGAAUUAGAAAGCUGCUUACAGCAAGUGGACACAUUUGAAGAGCCGAAAAUCCUUCUGGAGCAAUAUCCAACCAGUCCUCACAUCGCUGCAUGCAUGCUUUAUACAAUCCACAAUACGUUUGAUGAUAUCGAGGGUAGACUGGUGGCAGAUUUGGGAUGUGGUUGUGGAGUCCUCAGCAUCGGAGCUGCGAUGCUCGACGCAGGCUUGUGCGUGGGCUUUGAUAUUGAUGAAGACGCACUGGACAUAUUCAGAAGAAACGUAGAGGAGUUUGAGAUCUCUAAUGUGGACCUGGUCCAGUGUGACCUGCGUUCCCUAGAAUCCGACGUUUAUGCCAAAAAGUUUGACACUGUAAUAAUGAAUCCUCCGUUUGGUACAAAGCACAACCAAGGCAUGGACAUGAAGUUCCUUCGAGCAGCUUUAACGAUGGCAGAGACAGCUGUGUACUCGCUUCAUAAAACAGCAACACGAGAGCACAUACAAAAGAAGGCUACCGACUGGGGAGUAAAGAUGGAAGUUCUGGCAGAGCUACGAUAUGACUUGCCAGCAUCAUACAAGUUUCACAAAAAGAAAUCAGUUGACAUCCAGGUGGACUUUAUACGCUUCUCCAAAGCCUGAAGCUUUCACUGGAAUGGAUUCAUGUUGCCUUUAUUUUGUCACUGUUCAUAAUAAAUCUUAACAAAAAAAAUAUUC